AAAUUUAGUUAUAAAACAAUUGUAUUUUUUUUCUUCCUUCAUAUUUGUUUGAAUAUACUGUUAUCGCAUUAUAUAUUAUCUAUAUCUUACAAAUACAUUUCCCAAUCUAUUUUGCUUUGUUUGUUGACAAAUCAAUAAAGUACAUAUAAAGGUGACUUCUUAGACCAACAAUACAGGAACGUAAAAAGGACAGUCGUCAUACAAAACAUUGAAACAUCGGUUUCUAGUAUAUAUUAACGGUUUAACGCGUUAUCUGUGGUCAAUAAGUACCAGAGUAUAUGUCAUAGAUGCGUCUAUCAAUUUACCGCGAAUAUCUAUAACGUAUUACAUUUUGAGGGUGAUCUACGUCGCGCUCUUGUAACAUAACUAAACUAAACGUUAAUUUAUGACGACCGCGCACGCAAGAAUAUUUUACAAACAUAACAUCUACAAUUUCACAGAUAAUAACACAACGUCGAAUAUAAUGCCGUUGGCGAAUUUGACAGUUCCUUGGUCUGAGCAACAUGUGACUGAAAAGCACGACGUAGAUAUACUUCCAUCAGAGUCCCAAGAGGAAGUAGGAAUAACUCAAGAAAAUGUAGUUGAACCACCUUCGAAUGGUUGUUCUGAGACACAUGAAAUAGAAGUACGUGAAGUAGUAAGGGAUGGACAUGAAAAAGCAGAUCCAUCUCAAUUUGAACUGCUUAAAGUUCUGGGUCAAGGGUCUUUUGGCAAAGUAUUCCUUGUGAGAAAGGUUGUUGGAAAAGAUAGUGGGACAAUUUAUGCUAUGAAGGUAUUAAAAAAGGCAACAUUGAAAGUUCGGGACAGAGUUAGAACAAAAAUGGAGAGGAACAUACUGGUAGAUGUUGAACAUCCAUUUAUUGUGCGACUACAUUAUGCAUUCCAAACAGAGGGCAAACUCUACUUAAUUUUAGACUUUUUAAGAGGUGGUGAUUUAUUUUCAAGAUUAGUUAAAGAGGUAAUGUUUACUGAAGAUGAUGUAAAAUUUUAUUUAGCUGAACUUGCUCUUGCAUUGGGUCAUAUACAUAAGCUUGGAAUUAUUUAUAGAGAUCUCAAACCAGAAAAUAUUUUGCUUGAUACUGAAGGUCAUAUUGCUUUAACCGACUUUGGUCUAAGUAAGCAGCCUUUAGAUGAUUGCAAAGCAUACUCGUUUUGUGGUACUAUAGAAUAUAUGGCACCUGAAAUUGUGGAUAGAAGAGGACAUUCAUUUGCUGCAGAUUGGUGGAGUUUUGGUGUUCUUAUGUUUGAAAUGUUAACUGGAGCUCUUCCAUUUCAAGGAGCAAAUCGCAAAGAAACAAUGACACAGAUAACAAAAGGAAAACUCGGAAUGCCACAUAAUAUUUCACCAGAAGCACAAUUACUCCUUAAAGUAUUGUUUAAAAGAAACCCUGCAAACAGACUGGGAUUUGGCGGAAUAGAAGAGAUAAAAAACCAUGUGUUCUUUGCAAAAACCGAUUGGGAUGCGCUUUACAGAAAAGAAAUAAAACCGCCUUUUAAACCAGCUGUUAGUCAAGAAGAUGAUACAUUUUGUUUUGAUAGUGAAUUUACAUGUAAAACGCCCAAAGAUUCUCCUGGGGUACCACCAAGUGCUAAUGCUCAUGAAUUGUUCCGUGGAUUUAGCUUUGUCGCGCCGUGUCUUCUUGAGGAUCACGUGAAAAUUCCUGAAUAUAAAAACUGUGAUAGCCUUAGCGCAACUUUCCCAACUUACGUGAGCCCUAUCUCCGUGAAUGAUGAAUAUGAGUUUAAACAGGAAAUUGGUAAAGGAAGCUACAGUACUGUUUAUUUAGCUGUUCAUAAAGCUUCUAAAGCAGAGUAUGCUGUGAAAGUAAUUGAGAAAUCAAAAAGAGAUCCUACAGAAGAAAUAGAAAUUUUGCUCCGAUAUGGAAGGCACCCGCACAUUGUAACUUUGAGAGCUGUUCAUGAAGAUGAUAAACGAGCUUAUCUUGUACUUGAAUUAUUGCGUGGUGGAGAACUACUUGAUCGGUUACUACAAAGACGUAAUCUCACAGAAAAAGAAGCAGCCGAAGUGAUGUACACAAUAGUUAGCGUAGUCAAUUAUCUUCAUGAAAAUGGAGUUGUUCAUAGAGACUUAAAGCCAUCUAAUAUAUUGUAUUCAAAGUCGGGGGGUGAUCCAUCGACACUUUGUUUAUGCGAUCUUGGUUUCGCAAAACAGUUACGAGCGGAAAAUGGUUUGUUAAUGACUCCUUGUUAUACUGCAAAUUUUGUAGCACCGGAAGUGUUAAAACGCCAAGGAUACGAUGCAGCGUGUGAUAUCUGGUCACUUGGUGUUUUGUUAUACAUUAUGUUGGCUGGAUAUACACCAUUUCGUAAUACUCCCGGUGAUAGUGCAAGAGACAUAUUAGAUCGUAUUGGCCUCGGCUACAUUGACGUUGAAAGUGGAAUAUGGCAUCAAAUUUCGAAUGAAGCUAAAGAUCUAGUUAAAAAAAUGUUACACGUUGAUCCUAAUCGGAGGCCUACUGCAGCUGCCAUAUUAAAAUAUUCAUGGAUUGCUAAUCGUCAUCGUCUUCCACAGAAAGUAUUACCUGAUAGUUCUAAGGAUCCACAUAGCCUAAAGAGAGCAGUAACAGCAACAUAUAGAGCGAUGUCUAGCAGUCCGAGGUCGCCUCAUAUCGGACCUGUUGUCAUGUCUGCAUUGGCACGACGAAGAACACAAGCCAAGCCUACUGGUCCUACCGAAGUUUGAAACAACUGUGUUUCUAUUUUGUCAAAAAGUAAAGGCAAGAUACGAAAAAUUACGAAUUAUGUAUGUGAUUACGUAUAUGAAAAGACUAUAUUUUUUGUCGACAUAAAUUUCUAGUAUUAUUUGUGCAAUGUUCAAAUGUAGCUAGUAUGUAUCAAUUUUAUAAAAAUUAUUCUUUAUUCUGUUAUUCAUAUAACUUGCAUCACUAAAAUCAUCUCUAUCCUGGUUAAAAUUUGUGUAUGUGUAUAGAAUAGAAAAUGUGUGUUUAAAUCCAUAUUUUCAAUUUAAAUAUAAUAUAAGAAUAGAAUUUUAAAUCUUAUAGUCUGUAUUAUACAUGACUACCAUUUCAAUAUUAAAAAUAAUAUAAACUAUAAUAAUAAUAUAAAUUUAUGAAAAAUAUCUAUAUAUAUAUAUAUUUAAUAAAAUGUAAAAAUGAAGUAUA